UGUAUGUGUAAUGUGUACAUUCGGCACAUCUCAAUAGGCAUAGAUUUCGAAUAGUUGAGAAUUGUCAAAAAAGCAAAAAAAAAAAAUAACACACACACAACAAGCACAGCCAUCAUGCAAACGAUAACGGCAUCUUCUUGGCGCAUCCAAACACAUUCAACACACAUAAGAGUCCUUCAUGAACAUUUUUUCCCCGUAGAGACGAACACUUCUUUGAAGUUUGAAUAGUGUGUUUUAUAUUUCAUUUUUCAGUUUUCACUUGAAAAAUGGUGAAAAAUUUCGGUUCCAAAAUAUUCUAAUUUUUCUCUCUUCCAAAAGCGAAGCCUUCUUCAAUGUCUCAUUUUUUUCGUUGAACGACGAGAGAAAAAUGUUCAAAUGAUAUUGUAUUAAUUCGCACACCAUCAAAUGACCGAAUACAACGUUUGACAGUUGUUGACAGCAAACUCUAUUGAAAUUUUGGAAAUGAGUUCACAUUGACAGAUGAGCAUGUGCUUUGCAUUCCGUGUUGUGUGUAUUCACAACAAUGCACGUUGUGCUUUUAUUUUGAUCAUUUGAAGGAUUUUGUUUUUGUUUUUCAUUGAUUUUAACAGUGAUUUGAGCGAAGAGAAAAAAAAAAUAUGGCAGAUACAUUUGAAUCGCUUGGAAUCGUGCCAUGGAUCGUGCGACAAACGGCGAAAUUGGGAUUGAAGAAGCCGACACCCAUUCAACAGAGUUGUAUUCCACAAAUUUUGUCGGGUUCGGAUUGUAUUGGUGCUGCUAAAACGGGAUCGGGAAAGACAUUCGCAUUUGCAUUGCCGAUUUUGCAAAAACUGAGUGAGGAGCCAACUCAUCAUUUUGCUUUGAUUUUAACACCAACACAUGAGCUUGCGUAUCAGAUCUCCGAGCAGUUUUCGGUGGUGGGUCAAACGAUGGGUGUCCGAGUGUGUGUCGUAGCCGGUGGUACGGAUCAGAUGAUUGAAAGUCAAAAGCUACAGAAUCGGCCGCAUAUUGUUGUUGCGAUGCCCGGUCGAUUGGCCGAUCAUCUAACCGGUUGUGAUACAUUCUCAUUUGAUAAUUUGAAAUUCCUUGUUGUGGAUGAGGCAGAUCGAAUGUUGGGCGGUGCAUUUGACGAACAUCUUGCCAUUAUUGAAAAUUGCCUGCCGAAAGAAAGGCAAAAUCUAUUCUUCUCCGCAACGCUCAAGGAUUUUCUAAAGGAAUCAAGCAUUUUCCCGAUUUCAGAUCAGGCUUUUGAAUGGGCAGAGCAAUCCGAAGUGGCUACUGUUAAUACACUUGAUCAACGGUAUAUUUUAUGUGCGGACUACGAUCGUGAUAUGGUUUUAAUUGAAGCGCUUCGAAAAUAUCGCGAAGAAAAUGAAGCGGCUAACGUUAUGAUUUUUACAAAUACCAAAAAAUGUUGUCAACUGCUAUCGAUGACAUUGAAUGCGGUCGGAAUUGAGAAUGUGUGCCUACACGGUUUUAUGCGACAGCGCGAACGAGUGGCCGCAUUGAGUAAAUUCAAAUCGAAUCAUGUGCGUACAUUGAUUGCAACCGAUGUGGCGAGUCGUGGUCUAGACAUCCCGAAUGUACAGCUGAUAAUCAAUCAUCGUUUGCCGAAGCAGGCAAAAGAGUACAUUCAUCGUGUAGGACGAACAGCACGUGCUGGUCGCAGUGGUUUGGCCAUUUCCAUCUUUCGUUUUCCACGUGAUUUAGAAUUCUUGUCCGAUAUUGAAUCGGCGAUCAAUACCAAACUCACCGAGCAUCCGAUCGAUCAAAAGAUGGUCGAACGGAUUUUCAUGCAAGUCAAUGUUUCGCGACGUGAGUGCGAAAUGCAAUUGGACAACAAAGAUUUUGAUGAACGUGCCCAGAAUUAUCGGCGUAAGAAAUGGAUUGAAGAUGGCCAAGAUCCGGAUGAAAUGGAGAAUAAAUGGAAAACGGAGCAAAAACGAAAACAAAAACAACGGAAAAAGGCAGAGAAAGAAUAUUUGGCCAAAAAGAAAGCGGAACGAGAAUCAUCGGCACAGGCAAACGGCAAUGGACAAGUGGACGAACGAUUUGCCAAUAUCAACAGAGAGAAAUUUGAACGGAAGAAAAAAUCGAAAGAUACCACCAACAACACACAAAAGAAACCACAACAUUUGAAAAAUCCAUUGAAACUUAGCACCAAUUCAAAAGCGAUCGCAAAAAAUAAAUCAAAACGAAAAACUUUGAAUUAGGAAUAUUUAAAAUUACGUUGUAAAAUUUUGAUUUUAUUGAUGUAUAAUAAAACAAUAUUAAAUAAAA